AUGACUGCAAAACAGAUCAUCACUCUCAUCACCGGUGCAAACCAAGGUCUUGGCUGGGAAGUCGCCAAAAACCUCAUCCUCAGUUCAGCAUCCUACCAUGUCGUAAUCGGCAGCCGUGACCCUAGCAAAGGCGCCAAAGCCGUCGCCGACCUCCAAGCCCUCCCAGACAUCAAGGGAACACUUGACACACUCGAAAUUGAGGUGACAGAUGACAAAUCAGUCGACGCGGCAGCAGAGACAUUUGCGGCGAAAUACGGCCGUCUUGACGUCCUUGUCAACAAUGCCGGUAUUGCCGGUAUUCUCGGUAUCCCCAGAGAGCUCGCGGCAGUAAGACGAGACAAUCUCCGCGAAGUGUUGAACGUCAAUGUCAUCGGCGCAGCAAGCGUGACUGAGGCAUUUCUGCCCCUGCUACGAAAAUCAGAUGAGCCGCGAUUGAUCUUUGUCGGUUCGAGUAUGGGAUCUAUCAUUGGGGCUUCAGACCCAAAUUCGCCAUAUUAUCGACCCUCAGCGACUGAAUAUCGUGCUAGCAAGGCAGCGUUGAAUAUGUUGAUGGUGCAGUAUCAUCACAUUCUGGGGCUGGAGGACAAGAAGUGGAAGGUUCUCACAGUUGAUCCUGGUGUUAAUGCCACGAACUUUGUGGGUGACGUGGAGGCUCUCAGGGCUAGAGGAGCCCCGGAACCUCAUGUUGGUGGUGCGGUCAUUGCUGCUGCUGUCAAGGGGGAACGUGACGCAGAUGUUGGAAAGAUGGUUGGAAAGUAUGGCGUGUCGCCUUGGUAA